AUGCAGCGCACUCUCUCUUCCACCACCACGUCUCACGAAACCGUCAAUUCGAUCUUACACUUUGCACCCAGGAUCACAUACCGAGUGCUUCACAAGAUCAACGCCUGCGUGAUGGAGACCGCUGCAUACGCCGAUCUACCUAUCGGGCGCCUCGAUCUCGAUGCACUGCGUCUUAUCUUCGAGCUGGUUGCAGACGAUAGUCGUCCGGGCGAAUCUCAGCCUCUGUCGACCUCCUGGAUUAGACUAGGCCAUGUCUGUCGCUUAUGGCGCUCAUUGCUUCUGAGCAUGCCAGAGCUUUGGGCACGCGAUGUGACGGCAUUUGGCGGGGGUUACGUGUUCGACGAGGUCCUCAAUCGUGCCCAGAGUGCCCCCCUUGAUCUCGAUUUUCUGCUUUCUAGACCAUGGCAGUGUCCUUCAAUUGAACACAUAGCACCCUUAAUCUCGCGCAGCAAGAGGUUCAUGUACGUUUUAAGAACCGUCGAGGAGCAACAGAUUGUUCUUGCGACCAUCUCAUCGCAACCCCCUCCUGCCCUUCGUACACUCAAGCUCACCCUUUCCCCGCGGGCCGGGAUUGAUCACACUUCCUAUUCUGACAUGAUCUACGCCUCGUGUAUUGAGCAUUGUCCGAUCCGACAUCUUGAUCUAUGGAACAUCUUCCUGCGUCCCUCGUCCAUGGGCCAUUUAACAUCAUGGAGAAUGCUCUGCGGCCAAGAGUUUUAUCAUAUGCGCCUCAAAUUCAACGACAUCCUCGCGGUGCUUUCCCAUAAUCGUCAUAUGGAGGAAAUAGAUUUCAAUUGUGCGUUUCGCCACGGAGAAAUCGGCACGGUGACCUCGCGAGUCGUACUUCCUGCGCUCAAGUCACUACACAUCCGUCAGAGCGAGAGCCCAUCCGUCAUGGACUUCCUCGAACAUAUCUCCUUACCACACCCUACCCUUGAGUCGCUCGACAUCACAGAUCGCACCGUCAGAACAGCUGAAGGCCUUUCGGGGGCGCUUUCCAUGAUGAUGUCGACUUGCGCUCAGUUCCCUGAGUUGCAGACUAAACACCUACUGUACGUAGAGUGUGUGGUUCAUGAGGAGAAUGACAAGGCCAGUAUACAAUUGACGUCACGCCACGUCAUCACCGGCGAAGUUCUCUACCCUUGCCCUUUCCAAGUCGCAUUCGAACCACGCCAUUGGGAAGCAUCCCCUCUGGAGAUCAAUACGAGGGUCAUACAAGGGCUCGCGCGGGCUCGCAUACCGGAAAGAAUCACGGAACUACAAUGGGGCGUACCCCUAUGCACUACCGUCACUGAAGAGCUUUGGGAAACGGUUCUGCGACCUUUCACUGCAACAGAAACGCUAUACCUCACCGACCUUGACGGGUUGGAGUUGGACCUCAUCACCGACGAGGCUUGCAGUGCUCUGUUUAACGCUCUAGCUCGCGACUAUCGUGACGAGCCACUUCUACCGAGGCUGCGCCGUAUAGUGACGCGUGCAGAAGCUCGACGAGACCGUACGUCCUUGCAGGGACUGCCGCCCCUGGUCCAGGUAUUGCAAACCCUCCGGCGUCGAUUGGGGAUGGGUGCUCCUAUCCGCGAGAUCACGUUCUUGGACGUUGGCGGGGAUAUCACCUCAGAAUACGAACGUGACAUGGAGAUGACCGUACGCCGGAAGAUGCAAAAGUUGGCUGUGGAUCUCGGUAUCGAAGUGACGGGUAGCGCAUGUAAGGGAGAUAUCGUUGGACAGACGAAUUCGAAGUUCUUGGGAACGAACUUCGAGUUUCUUUACGACGAACAAGAUGUAAACAGCUCAUCGGAGACGCCCAUGUAG